AGGGGAAAGAGCUGGGAGACACAGGGUCAAAGGGGUUUUUGAUUUCUUAAAGGCAAAGAACAAGGGUAUGGCUCCUCCCUUUCAAAGAAAGGAAACCAGUGACACUCCAGACUCAGGUCACAGCUCCACCCUUUCGAGAAAAUGAAACUAACAGCCUCCUAGACCCAGGCAGCAGAAGAGGUAGAAGCUAACAGGGUUUGGCAGCCAACUCUGCCGCCUCUGGCUCUCCUGUCCCUGCCUGAGCAUCAUGAAGAAGCUCAGAAAGACCCGAGCCAACCAACUGGACAAGUUCAUCGAAGACCGCCUCCUGCCAGACGAGGAUUUCCGCACGCAGGUCAAUGAAGCCAUCCACAUCAUCUGCAGUUUCCUGAAGGAGAGGUGUUUCCAAUCGGCCCCCUACCCUGUUCGGGUGUCCAAAGUUGUGAAGGGUGGCUCCUCAGGCAAAGGCACAACCCUCAAGGGCCUAUCAGAUGCUGACCUUGUCAUCUUCGUCACCAGUCUCACAAGUUUUCGGGAACAGCUUCAGCACCGAAGACAAUUCAUCGAGGAAAUUAGGAAACAGCUGGAAGCUUGUCAAAGAGAGGAAAUAUUUGAAGUGGUGUUUGAGGUCCAGAAACACCGAAGGAAGAAGCCCCGUGCUCUCAGCUUCGUGCUCAGGUCCCCUCAGCUCCUCCAGGGGGUAAAGUUUGAUGUCCUGCCUGCCUUUGAUGCCCUGGGGGAGCACUCCCAAGUGUGAGUCCCUGGGGAGACAGGGCGAGUUCUCCCCCUGCUUCACGGAGCUGCAGCGAGCCUUCCUGAAGGAGCGUCCAACCAAGCUGAAGAGCCUCAUCCGCCUUGUGAAGCACUGUGUAGGAUGAGACGUGGGAAAAAACUGCCCCCACAAUAUGCCCUGGAGCUCCUGACAGUCUAUGCUUGGGAGCAAGGAAGCAUGGAAACAGAAUUCAGCACAGCUCAGGGAUUUCGGACUGUUUUGGAAUUAGUCCUGAAGCACCAGCAUCUCUGCAUCUACUGGGAAAAGUAUUAUGACUUUAAAAACCCUAUUAUUGGACAAUACCUGAAAAGGCAACUUGCAAAACCCAGACCUGUGAUUCUGGACCCAGCUGACCCUACUGGAAAUGUGGCUGGUAAAGACCCAUAUAGCUGGCAGCUACUGGCACAAGAGGUUAGAGUCUGGCUGGGGUACUCAUGCUGUAAGAAUUGGGAUGGGUCUCCAGUCAGCACCUGGAAGGUGCCGGUGUGACCUCCUGAUUCCCUCAUGUGACCUGAUAUUAAUGGCACGUUGAAAGAACAACUUCUAGAAAUACUGCAUUAAAUCAAAUUGAAUUUCAUCUCUGUCUUUGUACUCUUUUACUGUGGUUACUAGAAAAUGUAAAAUUACACAUAUGUUCUGCCCCAGAAUGAAUCACUGGAUUAGACAAUAGGCUUACCAACUCACAUUGUCACCCCGUCUUGGUACCAAAAACAACAUUGCAUUUACAGAAGUCCAUUCAAUAAAAACUCCCUUAAGGAUGCACAAAAGAUCAAGCAUGUUCUUACCACCUGAGUCACUGGUCACGUGUGUGGCUGCAAAACAGUCUUUGGCUUCUCCAUAUUACUGUUCCUCCUUUGAGUCCUCCAGCAUCCCUGUGAGAUGGUUCUUAUUCUUGUUGUCAUAAUAAUACACUGAGAUUUGGGCACUUGCUCAAGUCACCAAACAUUCCAGCAGCAUUUGUUGAAGGGACCAUCCUUUCCCCACUGUUCUGUAAAAGCCACCUCUAACAUAUGUCCAGAGCCCGUCUGUGUGUGAGUCUGUGUAGUUCCAUUGGUCAACUUUGGCAUCCUUGAGUUAAUACUACCUUGACUAAUUACUCUAGCCUGGUGUUAAUUCUUAAUAUCUUGUAGAAAACUCCGUUCUUAUCCAAACCAAUGUCUUCUCUUGGCUCUAUUUCUAUGUUAAUAUUAUACUCCAUUUGUGAAAUUUCACCCAAAAUACGGGGAGGCAUUUGAUUAGAAUUCCAUAAAUUAGUUCAGGGAAGAUGACAUCUAUUGAGAAUCCCAAUCCACAAACUUGGAGCUUCUUUCCAUUAAUUUUCCUCUUCUUGAAUUACUCUGUAACUAUGUUUUAUAGUUUUUCCCUGCAUUGGUCUUAAGUGUUUUGUCAUAUCAUUCCUAGAUACUUGUUUUUAUGUUAUUGUACUUAGUAGGUUUUCUUUAAUUUCAUUUUGUAAUGGUUGGUUUCAUGAAGACCUAAAUGUUUUCAGUGGGUAUAUUCGAUUAAAGCAUGGUGAGUGAGCUUUGUACUUUUCUGAAUUUUGCGAUUUUUGUUUUGCUGUAAAUUUGUACUGCUUGAAUGACCACAAGAAACA